AUGCAACAAAUACAUACAGAACGUCGACAACAGACAAAUGAUCGAUUACAAAAACAGUUGCCUGUUAAUACAAUCAAAGAAACAACAAAACAUAUUCAUUAUAAUCGUGUCAAACAAAUUUCACAAUCAGCACCUAACCGUUUUGAUAAGUUAACAGAUAUAAAUCAGCAACAUUGGCCAUUACGACGUUUACAUACUGAUCUUGACGAUUUUGAUACACAUUGUUCUCUUUCAUCGUGUCCUACGUAUUCAUCUUUAUCAAGAAAUUCACCAGAGACUCGUGAGUGUGCAACACAAAUAACAACAUUAACACCAACUGAACUUGUCGAAGACAAUCAAGAUAUAUCAAUUGAUUCUUCAUUACCUAUUGAUUCUAAUCAAGUAUUAGUUAUUGACAAAACUCCAACUGAAGAAUUUGAACUUAUGCCUAUAUCAAGUGGUUUUGGUUAUUAUCCAUAUAAUUAUCCAACAACAAAAAGAGCACAACGUGUUGAACCUCAAAUUAUAUCUCGUGCUCCUCAGUUUCGAGACAAAAACCAAAAUGGUUUCAAUAAUAAUUUUGGAACGAAAUCAACUGGUAAAUUACCACGACCACGUCCUACUGCUGUCAAACACCCAUCACCACGUUCUGAUACAUAUGCAUUACCAACAAAACGAAAUGAUGUAAAUCCUCGAAUAUCAAAAGAUGAUUUAAUAGACAAAAAUUCUCGACGUACUAUACCACCGAAAGAACGUUUUACUAGAAAUACUUCAACACCACCUGAAUAUAGACGUAGAACUAAUGUUGCUCGACCUAUACAAAAAAAUCGUAAUUCACCCGAUGAUUAUCCUCGCAAACCUUUACGCUUAUCUAAUAAACAAAACGGUGUUUAUCGUUCUUCUUCACCUUCUGCUUAUUACCAAAAAUCUUCUUCUCUUUCUCGAGAUAUAUCUCAAAGACCACGACGUAUGCAUGUAGGAAACAAUGAAUAUGUCAUAGAACGUCGUAGACAACCAUCUGAUUAUGUUUAUGAUGAUUAUCGUACGGAGACUCCAAUUGAUAGAAGAAGAUCUCAACGAGUUGUACGUGUUCUACGUGAUGCACCCUAUCGAGAUUAUGAUGAUUAUGAUGAUGAUGAUGUUUACUAUGUAGAACCAACAUCAACACGUCGAUCAAAAGUAGUUCGAAAACCACCACCACCACAACCAAGAGAAUAUGUUUAUGUUGAUGAAUCUCCAUCAUCAAAUCGUCAUCAUCGUUCAAGUCGUCGUGAAGUUGUUUAUGUUGAUGAUGACCGACCAAUUGAAUAUGAAGAUGAAUAUAUAUAUGUUGAUGAAAAUGGUAAUGAAAUUGAUUUUAUUGAUGAUCAACAUCCAUCAAGACAAUAUAUUGAAUAUAUUGAUGAUAAUGAUGAUAGAGAUCGACGACGAUCACGUAAAUCUAAAGUAAUCUAUGUUGAUGAUGAACCACCAAUUAAUCAACGACGAAAUAGAUUAAAAUCUAAACAACCAUCAUCAACAAGAAUUGUUUAUGAAUAA